AUGUGGCGGCCCCUUGCCGCCAUCGCAGCCAUCCUCGAGGUGCAGGAGGCAUAUGAAGCCAUCGGAAGCCGCAACGAUAUCAAGAUCCCCCGGCGCACGGAGAUCAUCUGCACUAUCGGCCCCAAGUCAUGGGACCCCGAGGUCCUGGCUGGCCUCAUUGAUGCUGGGAUGAACACCGUGCGUUGCAACAUGUCCCAUGGCGACCACGAGGAGCAGACUAUGAAGCUUCAGAACUUGGCGAAAGCCUACGAGAUGAGACCCGAGGCCAAGGGCAGCGUCAAGGUGCUCAUGGACACCCGGGGCCCCGAGAUUCGAACUGGGAAGUUCGAGGUCUACAACGAGAAGAAGAAGCUUAAAGCCGGGCAGCCGUUCCGCCUGCUGACGGACUACAGCCUAAAGGGUGACGAGACCCAAGUGGCAAUCACCUACAAGGAUCUGCCGAAGGACGUGAAGCCUGGACAGCUCAUUCUGGUUCAGGACGGCACCAUCAUGCUGGAGGUCGUCAAAAGUGGUCCGGACUACGUGGACACCAAGGUGCUCAACGAUGGACGCCUCGGGGAGAAGAAGAACGUCAAUGUGCCUGGAGUCAAGAUCAACCUCCCGGUGGUGGACGAGCGGGAGAUUCAUGAUAUCGUGAACUGGGCCGUGCCACACAAGGCACACUACAUCGCACUCAGCUUUGUCCAGUCGGCCGAAGACAUCAUCGAAUGCAGGAGACACUGCGGGAACGACAUGAAGAUUAUCGCCAAGAUCGAGAAUGUGGAGGGCCUGCGCCAAUUCGAUGCCAUCCUCAAGGAGGCUGACGGCAUCAUGGUGGCUCGGGGCGAUCUCGGCAUGGAGAUCCCCAUGGAAAAGAUCUGGAUGGCCCAGAAGAUGAUGAUCAAGAAGACGAAUGAGGCAGGUAAGAUCGUCGUGACGGCAACUGAGAUGUUGGCCUCCAUGGAGGACAAGCCAUUCCCGACGCGAGCCGAAGCCUUGGACGUGGCAAACGCAGUUUUGGAUGGGAGUUCCAUGGUCAUGCUCAGUGGCGAGACCGCUAACGGUGACUUCCCCCUCGAGACGGUUGGGAUGAUGCGCAGGAUCAUCGAGGAGGUCGAGCAUUCCUUGCACGCGCAAAGAACGGCUCAUCUUCGAUGUUGGGCAAGCGGGAAAUGA